CUGAUCAUAGAUCCACGAAAAGAAAUGGAUGCACAUUCCUGCCAGAUAGGCAACGAUCGCAGGUUCGGCGACUUCCACAAAAGACCCUACAGGCCGUUCGACGCUUUUCGUAGACCCACAGUCCACCGGUAUGUUAUCGAUAUCUUUGUUCUACACCUCACUGUUGGCAACCUUGCCGACUGCUUUGGGCGCUUUCGAUCGAGAUGGAGAAGAUUGGCGUUAUCUCCAGCAAUUUUUCCAGUGGACGCACGAUAAAUUGGAGGGUAAGCCGAGACAAGACGCCGAUGCCGCUAGGGGAAUGGGCACCUGGUGGGAUGUAGGGAAGAGUAAGAACUUUGGUCAAGUCGAGAAUCACCUAAGGCCUGCCAAUGAAACCGGAGCUCGAUGCGGUGUGGUGUUCUACUACGACAACAUGUUUGCAAGAGCCAGGCUCAACAAGACGGGCAACAUCGACCAAGCGCUUACUAGACCAUUCGUAUCGCGCGAUUGGAAGGACGACGACGACAAUCUCGCCGAGUAUCCUGGCCGUAAAGCGGACAAGGACGACAACGGCGGACGCUGUUCCGUGGUGUUUCACAACGCCGCUAUCCACAACUACUCCGGAGACAGCUACUUUGUGCUCACCAAUGCUCAGGGCGAUCGCCAGCAGGAUUGGUGGCCAGUUUCAAAUUUCAAGAACGAAACACAGCAAUUUCCUGGUACGCCAACAGAGCAGAAUGCCAUCUGGGAUCAAUUUGACGGCUGGGAAAGACAGGAAGCUGGCAAUGUCCCAAACUUCAUGAUGCCCCCUAUGCCUCCGAAAACCAAGUACAUUCGAGACUGGGUGCAACACUACGCCGACACUGUUUGGGCGGGCAACGUUCCGAACCCGUACCGUUACCGUCGUGGCCAUGCAAUUUGGAAAAGAUAUCCCACAAUCGAUCAAUUUUGGGGUUGGGGCGAGGAUGAUAGAUACAUCACUGAUCCUCCGAUUUGAACAGUCAGGCGGAUCUCACAAGCGCACUUAGCUUCAAGCCGGUGUACUUACAGUAGUACUUGUACACGCUCAUCUCUCUCAUCCUAUAUUCAUAUAUGCUUCGGUC